AUGGUGGAUAAAAAUUUAAAAUAAGUUGAUAUUGAUGUUGAUAAUAUUAUAGAAAAAUUGUUAAGUUGUCGCGAAUAUAAACCUGGAAAACUAGCAAAUUUAACAGAAACAGAAAUUAGAGGUUUAUGCAUAAAAUCGAGAGAAAUUUUUAUUUCCUAGCCUAUAUUACUUGAACUUGAAGCUCCUUUAAAAAUAUGUGGAGAUAUACAUGGCUAAUUUUACGAUUUAUUAAGACUGUUUUAAUAUGGAUAAUAUCCUCCUGAUGCAAAUUAUUUAUUUUUAGGAGAUUAUGUUGAUCGAGGAAAACAAAGUUUAGAGACAAUCUCACUUUUAUUAGCUUAUAAAAUAAAAUAUCCUGAAAAUUUUUUUCUUUUGAGAGGAAAUCAUGAAUGUGCAUCAAUAAACAGAAUAUAUGGAUUUUAUGAUGAAUGUAGAAGAAGAUUCAAUAUAAAAUUAUGGAAAACUUUUACAGAUUGUUUUAAUUGUUUACCUGUCGCAUCAAUAAUAGAUGAAAAAAUAUUUUGCAUGCACGGAGGUUUAUCACCUGAAUUAACAAAUCUAGAAUAAAUACGUAGAAUAGUAAGACCUAUAGAUGUUCCUGAUACUGGAUUAUUAUGUGAUUUAUUAUGGAGUGAUCCUGAUAAAGAUGUUUAAGGAUGGGCAGAAAACGAAAGAGGUGUUUCUUAUGUUUUUAGUCCAGAAAUAGUUUCUGUUUUUUUGAAAAAGCAUGAACUUGAUUUAAUAUGCAGAGCACAUUAAGUUGUUGAAGAUGGUUAUGAGUUUUUUGCUAAAAGAUAAUUAGUUACAUUAUUUUCAGCCCCUAAUUAUUGUGGAGAAUUCGAUAAUGCAGCUGCUGUUAUGACUAUUGAUGAAUAAUUAAUGUGCUCUUUUUAAGUUUUAAAACCUGCGGAUUCUAAAAGUGGAAAAUGA